AUGUCGGCAGCACGAGUGGCCUUCUCUGUGGCCCGACGAGUUCCUUUCAAGCCUGCCCGAAUCGCUCCCAGAGCUUUCUCGACCGUCCAAGCUCGCCGAGAAAAAUGGGACCCCAAACCCGGUGAAUCCAAAGGACAGUUGCUUCCGUUCGAAGAGAUCAAAUCCGAUAAAGACCUGCUCCCCCCUGGUGGUGAACCCGGAACCAUCCCCACCGAUCUCGAACAGGCAACUGGUCUUGAACGUCUUGAAAUUCUCGGAAAGAUGCAGGGUAUUGACAUUUUCGACAUGUCACCACUGCCAUCAGACAGAACAGGAACCUUUGAGAAGCCGAUUGUUGUUAAGUCUGCUGGAGAUGAAAUCCAAGUUGGUUGCACCGGUUCCCCUGCAGAUUCCCAUGUCGUGAGGUGGUGUGUGCUAUCGCGUGCCCGACCUUUUGAACGUUGCGAUGAAUGCGGCAGUGUCUACAGAAUGGAUUAUGUCGGUCCUGCAGAUGACCCGCAUGACCAUAGUCACGGCCAUGGCCACGGUUAUGAGGAGCCCAAGACUAUGGCCGACUAUGUCAAGCCAGAGUAUUGGUACAGAUAA